AUGGACAGUCGUCCUCCACCAUUCGUUUCCAACCAUUCAAACACUCCCCAGAACGUCGCUGGGAGCGCCCAAACCCCCGCAUCCGGGUCGUCGAACAAUACCUAUCUCAUGUCUGCGAGUCCGGUCCGUCCUCGCAGGGGUAGCAGCGACAAUGGCUACAAACCGAAGAUCAUUACCACCGUUGGCGCUCGACCAGCAUGCUUAGUGAAUGCUUCGGUGACCUACGUCGGAACUGACCAGAUAUACGCUUUUGGCGGUUUUGAUCAAUAUACGGAUGAAGUGUACAACCAUGUUCUCAAGCUCGACCUGGCUACCCGACAAUGGAGUCUAGUAGAUAACUUCGGCGAUAUCCCGGGUGUUCGUAUGGGCCAUACCGCGACUUUAUGGCAGGGAGAUAAACUUCUUGUCUAUGGAGGCGAGAACGAGCACCGUUUACAUCUGUCGGAUGUCAUCAUCCUCGACCUCAAGACGCUCCAUUGGACACAACCUGAACUUCACGGUACCGCUCCACGAGGACGCGCUCGUCAUGCAGCAGUAAUUCAUGAUCAGAAACUCUGGAUCAUGGGAGGCAUGAGCGGGCAGGAUAGCUGGGUCCUCGACGAUAUCUGCUAUUUGGACCUCAAGACAUGGACAUGGUCACGAGCGUGGAGGCUGGUACAUCGCUAUGACCACACCUGCUGGAUCUGGGGCGGUCGGAUCUGGGUGUUCGGCGGGAUCAACGAGGAUAUGGAGCGAAACAGCGAACUAUGGUGGCUUGACCUCCGCGGCUCGGUCGCCUUCGAAUCGCAAAUGUCGUACGGCACCUUAGAUCGAAAUGGACAGCCCAAGAGAUUGGGAUAUGCACAACAAACCCAACCGACCCCGGGCUCGACCGGAUACACGGCCAAUUCUAGCAGUGUACAAGUCAAUUCCGGGAUCAACCCUCGAUCUUUACCGCUUGCUCCAGGCUCGAUCUCAUCGAUCAAGUUUGUGGCGAGCCCGAAUCUUCCAUCGCAGACGCUUGGUCAACAUUUCCAUGCGUACUCAUCUGGGUGUUUGCUCGACUUCCACACCGCUGCAAGUAUCUCCAAUUUUACCGACACCAGCCUCUCUGCUUUAGACUUAGAGACUCUUCGUUGGCAGCGUGUUGCAGACGGCCGCGAGCUCUUCAAUAUGAGCUAUCGCUGGCAUUACUGCGCCAUGAAUGAAGACGGGACACAAGCCUGGCUUCUCGGGUGUCCCACGGAACCCAAUAACCCUGCCGACGAGUAUCUAAGCGACGUGCUGCAUAUUGACCUGAGGAAGUUCGGCCUCUUUGGCAACGCCAUGUUCGAGUCUGAAAAAUCGGUCCUCCCAGCAUCUGAUACGCAUCGAUUUAGCCACCUCUCCGCUAUCGGCACGGACCUUGCCAAAUUCUUCGAUCUGUCACCAGGCACCGGGAGUGGCACCGACUUCAUCAUCACUACAGAGCUCGACGAACCAUCGUCGUCUCCAUCGUCACCAUCCUCCUCCCCCGAGCUUACCCACGCAUCCCUCAACCGACCCACCCCCCUUUCCCUCUCCGCAGCACAGUCUCAAACCAGCCCACCCAUCCAUGUCCACAAACUCAUCCUCCAAGCGCGCUGGCCGCACUUCUCUCGCCUCUACGCCGCGCAGAUGCUCGAAUUCCACACCAAGAAAAUGCACAUUCCCGAACCCUACUCCGCCGUCCGCGCGUUCCUCCUCUACCUCUACACCGACAGCAUCGCCCCACCCCCCGGCACCGCCCCCUCCUCCCGCUCCUCCAGCUCCCUGAACCUCCCAUCCCCCUCCACCGGCCGCCGCCAACCCGCCGGCGCCAGCCACAACCCCUCCCCAGCAUCCGCGAACGAUCCUCCCGGACCCUCCCUCCCCGACGUUGCCGGCAUGCUCGUCCUAGCGUCGUGCUAUGACAUGCCGCGGCUGCGGGCACUCUGCGUGCACCGCCUCUCCCGCGAAAUCGACGUGCAGAACGCGGCGGUCAUCUGGGAUCGUGCGUCGGUGGCAAACGAGGCGUGGCUGCGUCGUCGGGCCGCGGGGUUCUGCAUGACGCAUUGGGGGCGGGUGGUUCGCACGGCGGGGUUUCGGCAGUUGGGACGACGACAGGUGCUGGAGCUGUGUGGGGAGGUGGAUAGUGAGGGGCGGGUGGUGGGGGGGGAAGAGUUGGAGAGAGUGGGGGGAUUGGCUGGGGGACGGUUUGGGUAUGGUGGGACGGAGAAGGGAGGGAGGGAGAGGGUGAGGGAUGUGACGUCUGGGGAGGAAGAAGAGGGGGAUGGUGACGAGGAUGGAGACGGGAUGGACGUGGAAGUCGGUUGA